AUACAGCCAGCUGAGGCCGUGGACUUUAUCGGCUGAUUGAAAGCAGUGGAUCUGUUGCCGGUACAUGACACAAAUUUCACAAUUUGAGAUUAAGCAGUCAACUUCCGGUCGAAACAUGAAAAGCGACAUGAGCCCUUCAUUCAUCCCACGGAGAGCUGUUGCCUUCAUCGCUGUGGUCGGGCUGUUCGUGGUUUUGGGGGUGGUGCUUACGAAAACCUCACACAUCACUACCACCUGGUCCCAGCUCUUCACACAGGAACAGCUGACGGCUGAAAAACUGGAAAAAUCCAUCGACGAGGUCAAAACCUUGGCCGACUCCAAGUUCGAUGACUUGCUGAAAUACGUCGAACAAUGCAACGACAUCAUCAACAGCGACUCCAAAGAACUGAUGAAAUCGUUGAAAGAAUCGUCAAUGAAAACGUUAAACGAUUUUCAGAUGAAAAUUGACGAAAUGAAAACGAAGAAAAAUCCAUGUGUGAAAGACGUUCAGAUGGAUGAAGUGGAUGAUAGUGGAGCUUUAGAGUACCUGAAGGAUUUUAACGCUCGAUUUGGUGGCAACGCCUCGCUGACCGCCAACCCUGCUGACGUCACAACAAUCAAAACAUGGUGGGAGGCGGCGGCCAUGAUGGCCUCGAUCAAUAACGACUUCAGCUUUGAUGACGCUCUGGGCGCACUAGGUUGUAAUGUCAGCUCAUUUGACCCCAGCAUGAAGAAAGAGACCCACGUACGAAGCCCGCAAGUGACCUUCUACAACAUGGGACUAGGCAGUGUCAACACCAACGGGUUCACCCCAAACAAGGAUGGGUAUGUUAAGAACACACAGACCUGGCAGAUCCGAACCUUGAAGGGUUUUACAAAACACCUGGGGCUAGAGAACCGUGUGAUAGACGUCUUGAAAUUUGACAUCGAAUCCUACGAGUGGCAAGUCUUAGAUAACAUCAUAGAGACGGACAUGUUGAAGUACGUGCGGCAUUUGUUUAUCGAGUACCACUUGUUUCCGUCUAGACCUGCUAAGGAGGACUAUGUCUUGUAUUACAAGAUGAUGAGGCAUAUCAGGAGGCUGGGGUUCAAGGAGUACAAAUUUGAGACGUAUAAAAAACUCGACAGCGCCGAGACGUUUCGAUAUCAGAGUCAUGUGAUGUACGUUAAUACCAAGUUUGUGUGGGAUUAAGGGGUUGGUCAAGGUGUGGGUGGUUGGUCAAGGUAUGGGUGGUUGGUCAAGGUCUGGGUGGUUGGUCAAGGUCUGGGUGGUUGGUCGAGGUCUGGGUGGUUGGUCAAGGUCUGGGUGGUUGGUCAAGGUCUGGGUGGUUGGUCGAGGUCUGGGUGGUUGGUCA